CCCUCUCCUUCUGCCUUGUGUCUGUGAGCUCCCAUUUGUGCCUGUCCAGCCUGUGCCUCUCUCGUACUCACAGUCUCUCUCACUGAGUCUCACACUCUACAGCAACAAUGCAAACCUCUAAGCAAACUACAUACUCUGUGCGCUCCUCCACCUCUAGCAGGCCUUCUGUAGCAUCAGUGACCCGCACUCCUGUCUACAAGGCCCCCAGUAUCCAUGGUGGGGCCGGUGGAAACAGCAUCAGCAUCUCCUCCAGCUACCGCGGUGGGUUGAGAUCCAGCAUGGGAAUGGGCUCCGGAGCAGGGGGCUUCUCCAGCGGCAUCCAGGUGAGCACCAGCGGGAACAGCGGCGACAUCAUGGGCAAUGAGAAGUUUGCCAUGCAGAACCUGAACGACCGGCUGGCCAACUACCUGGAGACUGUGAGGAACCUGGAGCAGGCCAACCACAAGCUGGAGAUUAAGAUCAAGGAGGCCCUGGAGAAGAGCGGACCUGACUUCAGGGACUACAGCAAGUACCAGGCUGUCCUGGACGACCUGAGGAAGAAGGUGUUUGAUGCCACCACUGACAAUGCCCGCCUGGUUCUCAACAUCGACAACGCUCGCCUGGCGGCUGAUGACUUCAGAGUGAAAUACGAAUCUGAGCUGGCCAUCCGCCAGUCUGUGGAGGCUGACAUCAUCGGUCUGAGGAAGCUCAUCGACGACACCAACAUGAGCCGCAUGAACCUGGAAAGCGAGAUCGAAGCCCUGAAGGAGGAGCUCAUCCACCUUAAGAAGAACCAUGAAAAUGAAGUUAUGGAGCUUCGUAACCAGAUUGCCCAGUCAGGUGUCCAUGUUGAUGUCGAUGCUCCUAAAGGACAUGACCUGGCUCAGAUCAUGGCAGAAAUACGGUCCAAGUACGAGAAGAUGGCACUGAAGAACCAGGAAGAACUCAAAGCAUGGCACGAAUCUCAGAUAACAGAAGUGCAGACCCAGGUCACCCAGAACACAGAGGCCCUGAAGGGCGCCCAUACAGAGGUGAAUGACCUGCGCAGACAGUUGCAAACCCUGGAGAUCGAGCUGGAGUCACAGAAGAGCCUGAAAGCCUCUCUGGAGGGCACGCUGAGGGACACAGAGAUGCGUUACAACAUGGAGAUAGAGUCUCUCAACAACAUCCUCCUUGGUCUGGAGGCGGAGCUCACACAGCUGCGUAACAACAUCCAGAUGCAGACGCAGGAAUACGAGAGCCUGCUCAACAUGAAGAUGAAGCUGGAGGCCGAGAUCGCUCAAUACAGACGGCUGUUGGACGGAGAGGACUUCACACUCCAGGACGCUCUGGAAGACCAGAAAACAGUGAAGACCAAAGUGAUGACCGUCACACAGACCCUGGUGGACGGGAAGGUGGUUUCCUCCAGCACAGAGACCAAGAACCUUUGAAUGCCAGAAGCAACCGCCUGAUACUUCCAACAAUCACUGUCGCAGCAUCAUAACACUAACAUACAAUUGGUCAAAAUCGAUCUUUAUUUGUAAUGGGCUCUACUUUCUUCUUAGUCACACAGCACUAACCAAAAGAGUCUCAGCUGAUUAGGUUGACUUCCUGGGUAUACAGCUCUGCCACAGGCUGAUAAAAAGAAACUGGAUCAGAGGAAAACUUAAUCAUCUUUUAUUUAUUUUCAUCACAGUUUAUUUAUGUGUUUGUACGUUGACCUGUAGUUGUUUACAAAAGUUCCGAAUUGGAGAACUGUGAGCUUUUUCGGAGACAAACUAAUUGAACAUAUCAAAGUGAGUUAAAAAAAUUAAUUAAUUAAAAAGAAGAGUAAAAUUGAAUACAAAACAGUUUUUUUUUAUAUUUCAUCAUCUUUGGUUUUCUUUCUGUCCAGUUAAGUCUGCCUGGUGCACUGUGUUGUUCAUUUCAAUAAAGUCCAUCCGUGAAAUUUA